AUAAAGAUGGCGGACAACCCACCAGUUGUAGGCGUACCUCCAGAAUCUCGAGAGAGAUAUGAUGCAAUUAAAGCAGCAUUCAAAUCCAAAUUUGAUGCCAAUCCCACUUUUUAUGCCAGAGCAUCAGGGCGGGUGAAUCUCAUUGGUGAACACAUUGACUACUGUGGCUAUGCUGUGUUGCCAAUGGCAAUUGAACAGGAUGUUGUCUUUGCCACCAGACCUAAUGACUCCGCGAAGAUUACCAUGUCCAACACAAACCCCAAAUACCCUGAUUUUGAGACGGAUAUUGAGAGCUUCACCAUCAGCAGCUCUGACCCGCAGUGGUACAAUUAUGCACUGUGUGGCAUCAAGGGGGUGAUGGAGCACAUGGGUAGCAAGGGGCGUGGCUUCACCUGUAUGGUGGAGGGGACGGUGCCACAGAGUGCAGGUUUGUCCAGUUCCAGCUCUCUAGUCUGCUGCGCUGCCCUCACCAUGAUGCAUGCAAAUGGCUGGACAAUGUCCAAGAAAGAGAUUGCCGAUGUGUGUUCGCACUGUGAACACUACAUUGGUACGGAGGGGGUUGGGAUGGACCAAGCCAUCUGCUUCAUGGCACAGAGGGGAACAGCUAAGUUGAUAGAGUUCAACCCCUUGAGGUCAAUGGAUGUAGAGCUACCAGAGGGAGCUGCCUUCGUCAUCAGUAACAGCUGUGUAGAGGCCAACAAGGCCGCAACAUCCCACUUCAAUAUCCGGGUAGUGGAGUGCAGACUUGCAACACAGGUGAUGGCCAAAGCGAGGGGGUUGGAGUGGCGGGGUCUGAAACGUCUGGGGGACCUGCAGCAGCAGCUGGGUCUGGGGCAGAAGGACAUGCUGGGGGUGGUGGAGGACGUCCUUCACCAGGAGCCCUACUCGAAGGAUGAGGUGUGUCAGAUUCUCGGAGUCACUGCUGAUGAACUUGCCAGCACCACGCUCAGCGCCAAUACUCUCACAACUCAAAGCUUUAAGCUGUACCAGCGUGCUAGUCAUGUAUACAGUGAAGCUAAUCGUGUGUGGCAGUUCAAGGCUGUGUGUGAUGACAAGCCGACCAAUGGCAUGGAGCGUCUUGGGGAGCUGAUGAGUGCGAGUCACGCUAGUUGUCGAGACCUGUACGAAUGCAGUCAUCCAGACCUGGACAGUCUAGUCGACAUCUGCAUGAAGGCUGGCGCACUAGGGUCCCGUCUGACCGGAGCUGGCUGGGGUGGGUGUGCUGUGUCCGUGGUACCAGCAGACCAAGUCAAGCCAUUCCUAGCCAGAGUGAAAGAAGAAUACUAUGAUGGUACCUCACGCCAAUCUCAAGUGGCAUCGUCAUUGUUUGGUACCCAGCCUGGUGGCGGUGCUGCGAUAUACACAGACUGAAAGACAUCACAAAACGUCAACAAGUGCCUUGUACUUCUCUUUGAAUGGCCACAUUCUUCCCCUGAGCUGUUACUACAGGUCAUGCCAAAAUGUGAAAUUAUGUGUCCGUUUGUAUGGUUAAUAUCAUGUUCGUCAAGAGUUAACUGACCCUUUAAGUCCAGUUUCCACACGUCUUGGCAUUACAGAGUUAUAUUUCAGCUGGACUGACGAGUCUAUUCACAGUCCAAUCAAAAUUGUGUAAUGACAUCAACAUCUGGGUCACAAAAGACAUUAUUACUGCAGUGAAGAUUUGGAGAGUAUGUGUACCGUCAACUAAGCAUCAUCAGAUAUUUUCAAAACCUUUCAAUGUUUUUUAUCAAGGUGCUCAAACGACUUGAUUCACUUCACGAGAUAAGGCCUGUUGUAUUACCAUAAAGAUCUUGAUUAUCGAUUGGAUUGUCUUGACUCUGUUCCACCAUUUUAUUUGAGGCAAAUGCAAGUGAUAUGAAAGGUGGAAUCUGAUUGGUCAAAAGUAGGGGCAUAUGAAGGUCGUAACCCAUAUUAGCCACUGGUGGCACUAUGAUCAAGACACAAAAAUUACACCCAAUUUGGGAAAGAUUGUAAACUGGAAUUCUACAGUCAAAUGACUCUCCUGCCUCUGGAGGAUUGGUUAAUAUUUAGAACAAAGGCUAUAUUAUUUGAAUACUAGUGUAGAUCUGCAGAGCUGAAAUUAUCUGCUCUUCUUUGUAACACAUUAUUCAGAUGUGAUGUGAAAUAAGAUUUGUGACAAGCUGGGCAGAAUGUGGUCCUGUGUUAGACCCCAUUGUAGACUAGCUGUGAGGGAAGAUGUAUUCAGAAGGCAAUUUACCUUUAUAGUAUUGAUGUAGUUGUAUGUUAGUAGGAUCACAGUGAUGAUGAAGUAUUUGUUGUGUUGUAGCUAGUGUCUGACUGUAAUUGUAUGUUUAAUGUGGUAGUGAAUCUGCCUAUCUUACUGUGUACUGCUUUCUAGGAAGAGUAGAAUAUAAUACUGUUGUCAGUGAUACCUAAAUUGGUAUCACUUUUGGAAUUCAUGAGUUAAGAACACACUGAAUAAAUAAUGUCUUGAGAUUGGGAUAUCAGCACUCGGUUCUUCCACCAGUGAUUUUAUAUUUUACUUAAUACUGUUCUUCAUAUUAUACAUUCCAACAGUGUUUUUAUAAACAAACAUUUGUACCUCACUAAUACUGAAACAAACCACUAGAUUAUUGUUGGUGGUGGGGGAGCUUAAAAACUAAAUCCCACUCACUCACUCAGUCACUAUUGUUGGUGGUGGGGGAGCUUAAAAACUAAAACUUACUCACUCACUAUUGUUGGUGGUGGGUAGCUUAAAAAUUAAAACUCACUCACUCAGUCCCUAAUCUAGUUUUUUUUUUUAUUAAUGGAGAAUAUUUGUAAUAUAAUGUGGUAGCAUGAAACGAUGCUUCAGUCCAUCCAUUAACCAAGUCCUGAUGAAGUGUUUCAGUGUUUGGCUUGGUGUUUCAAGCAUGCAUACAAGGUUGAUGACACAAUGUUGCAUUUUCAUUUAUAUCUUGGCAGCUGUUGCAUUGUCAGAACACACUCAGAAUUAUCAAAGCAUUUAUUAGUUUUCAUUCUUUUUUCAUGCACACAAAAACACAUGUCACAGUUAAAGCAUUAAAGUUUGAGGUAAAUACAGCAAGCAUCUUUUGUUUUUUAACAAUAUGUUUUACUUGUAUACAGACCUUUCAUGAUCUCUGUACACUGUUUCUAAAUAAAGCGAUUUCUAAAAUGUA